GACAGGAACAGAGAAAAGCGAGAGCAAGAGGGAUGUCGGGUAGAGGAAAGGGAGGAAAGGGGCUCGGCAAGGGAGGAGCCAAGCGGCACCGAAAGGUUCUGCGUGACAAUAUUCAGGGAAUCACAAAGCCAGCGAUUCGCCGCCUAGCUCGCCGUGGCGGUGUGAAGCGUAUCAGUGGUCUCAUCUACGAAGAAACCCGUGGAGUCCUCAAGAUCUUUCUCGAAAAUGUCAUACGCGAUGCUGUCACCUACACGGAGCACGCCCGCCGGAAGACCGUAACCGCCAUGGAUGUCGUUUAUGCGCUCAAGCGCCAGGGUCGUACUCUCUAUGGCUUUGGUGGUUAGAGUUUUUGUUUUCAAAGAUCUGAUUAGGUUCUCCCCAUUUCGUGUAAUGGAUAUCAUUUUGUGUUAAAUUUGUUUGCCUUUUUUAUGUUGUUAUUCUAUCAAAUGGAUUUCUGAGCAAGAACACUUUCGCUUCA